AUGCCGAGCACAAUUGACAUUGUACCAGGCUCUGUUGGCACUAUGUCGGCAGAAAUACUAGAAAACAUUUGUAUAAUUGGUAAUUUACAUCGUCAAAGUAUGAUUAAUGAUCGACCCAAAAAGACUUAA